AGCCCAACGAAAACUCCUCACGCUCUGGCCCCGCGGGGAAUCGGGCCUGGCUCCGCCUACAGCUGACAACGAGACGAGACCGACGCGGUGCCGCCCCGCACCGCUCCGCGUCUGCGCACGCCCCGGAUCCGAGGUUUAACACCGGGGCAGCUGCGUCGCAGCUGGAGUGUUUGGUUUUGUUGCUGCCCGUGCCCGGUCCAGCUCCUGGACCCCGCGCCGCAGACAUGGGAAAAUCACUUUCUCACCUGCCUAUGCAUACAUGCAAGGAAGAUGGCUGUGAUGGAAGCACUGUGUCUGAUAAUAUGAGGAAUGGGUUAGUUCACUCGGAAUUGCACAAUGAAGACAGCAGAUGUGGAGAUGUAUCACAGUUUCCCUAUGUGGAGUUCACAGGAAGAGACAGUGUCACCUGCCCGACUUGCCAGGGAACAGGAAGAAUUCCGCGAGGGCAGGAAAAUCAACUGGUAGCAUUAAUUCCAUACAGUGACCAGAGACUGAGGCCAAGAAGAACGAAACUCUAUGUGACUGCUUCUGUCACUGUAUGUUUACUACUUUCUGGGCUGGCUGUAUUCUUCUUGUUUCCUCGCUCCAUUGAUGUUGAAUACAUUGGUGUGAAGUCAGUGUAUGUCACUUAUGAACCGGAUAGACGUAUAAUAUAUCUAAAUAUCACAAACACACUAAAUAUAACUAACAACAACUAUUAUUCUGUUGAAGUGGCAAAUAUCACAGCCCAAGUUCAGUUUUCCAAAACAGUUAUUGGCAAAGCACGGCUAAACAACAUCACCAACAUUAGUCCUUUGGAUAUGAAACAGAUUGACUAUAUGGUGCCCACUGUCAUUCAAGAUGAAAUGAGCUACAUGUUUGACUUCUGUACUUUAGCAUCUAUCAAAGUGCAUAACAUAGUAGUGAUGAUGCAAGUGACAGUGACAACCUCUUAUUUUGGCCACUCUGAACAAAUAUCCCAGGAGAGAUACCAGUAUGUGGACUGUGGAGGAAACACAACCUACCAGCUGGGCCAGUCAGAAUAUUUAAAUGUACUUCAGCCUCCACAAUAAAAGCAGCUCAUGGUCAAUGAGGAAUGACUGCUGUUGAUAUUUGUGGAGACCAUUUGAUGAAUAAGAGUGGUACUACCUGAAGGGGAGAAGUGUGCAUGUAAAGCAUGGCAAACAUGGUGAACUGUUCACUGUAGAUGCAAGGAGGGAAAAAGUGCAAAAUGUAUAUAGAUGCACUUGUUAAAUGUUGUGUUUUUCCUCUUCUAUUUGCUUUCUAUCCCUGUAAGCACUUCUGUCAUGUGGUGGGAGGGAGAGGGAGGUUCUUGAACUGAAUUGGGACCUUUCUUUACAGUGUGGUACGUCAGCUUAGAGUAACUGUGUAUGUUUGUCUAGGUGAAAUCUAUCACUAGUGAGCAUUUUCAGAUUUGCCUAAGUUUAUACUUCAGUUCUUGAUAUUUUACUAUUGAAACUGACAGUAUUGCUAUUUAAGUAACAAGAUUACUUUGAGGUAUCUGGGUGUGAGACUUCUAUUAGUAACCCAGUGGCAAUAGUUCUUAAUUUUGGGAUUCUACUUUUUGUUUGGUAUACAUGAUGAGAGGUGACCUACAGUCUGAAAGCCAGGAAAGCUCUCUUUAAUGAUACUGUACUUGAAUGUGCAACUUCUAGAUUCUGGCAUGCUUUCAUGUUCCCUCCUGCUACCUCUAUAAUGUUGUAAAGAGAAUGUGUGCUGUUGGAUUCAAAAACCAAACAAAAAACAACCCACAGAAUCAUUACUGACAAAUGAAAAAUUCAAGAUUCUAGAAAACAAACGGGCAAAGACUUAGUGUUUUUCUGCUUUUGUUUUUUAGCAAACUUAGGUACAACUGUUAAAAUCAAGAUUAUGCAGUUGGAACUAGAUGGGAAACAGCAUGGGUUUGGGCAGCUUGAUGUAAAUUUUCAUGAUUUUAAUUGUUUUAAUAUACUGUGAUCUAAGUUACUUGUAAGUGUUAACAUGUUGGGAUGUGUAUAUUUAUUGUGCUGGCUUGGUAAGCAAUGCAUUAGUUACCUGAAAUUCCAGAGCACUCACAAUUAGUAAAAAAGUUACGUAAUGCAGAAUAAAGCAAUUCUUUCUAUAAGACUAAAUGCCAAUGUAAUCAUGAGACUGACUUACAACAAAGCUAUUAAGUAGUUUCAGUAAGAUAGUUUGCACGAAGAGGAUGGUGAUUGUACAGUUUGGUUCCAAAGUUGCUUGAUUUCUGAAUACUGACUGUUCUAAGGGUUAGGUACAAAACUUUUUAGUUUACUGGAUCAGGAUAGUUUUGUUUCUGAAUUAGAUAAGAUGCAACUGUAAGAAGGUCCUGUUGAGACUGUUGCAUUGUAAUGAGUAAUUUUUUUUUUUUUUAAAUAAAUGUUGCAGUUUUUAUGCUGCCCAUCUCCUGGAAAUAAGUUACAUAAAAUGCACUAGCAAUAAACACUAUGGAAAAAGGCUGACGAGGAACUUCUUACAAUUAAUAAUCUCUCAUGCUUCAGUGCUUUAUUGGAGAUAUGUGUCUAUUUUACGCUUUUCUUACCGACUUUUCUUAGGUGGAUCUAAUUGAUUGAGUGGGAGAAAGAAUACUGAUGAUGUAAGACUAAUUUAAAGAAAUUAUGUAACCACACAAGAAAGCCCUUCUCUGUUUGAAUUUCUGUGAGCACUUACUCUGAAUGUCUAUAAAAAUUCUGGAACCUAAACAGUUUCUUGUAAUUGAUGAGAUUAUGUCAGCAUUGAAGAACUUCUGGAACUUGACUAGUCAAUUCUGGUGACUUACUGUAGUUAUGUUCUGAAAAUUAUUCUUGAAUCUGGGUACUAAAAAAUUCUUUGUUACAGCUUAUUAUUAUAAGGGAAGCUAGUUCAUAAUUGACUCUAUGAGGUUCAGUCCUGUGGCUGAUAAGUGCAUGCAGAAACUUGUCUGGUAGUCUGAAAAGACACAAAUGAUAAAGGAUCAGAGUAGUAUGGAGCGGGCUGGAAGUAGAGGAGUUAACUCUUCUAUGUUACGUGUUGCUGAAUGAUUUGCUUAUAUUGGAGUAAGGAGAGAAAUCUGGUUUAAAUCUUGUAGAUCUAAGGGAUUUUUUUUUUUUCUGAGCCUAAGUAUGUAUACCUAGUGUUGAUUUUGCUUAGAGUUGUUUGGGGUUUUUUUUCUGAAGUAGAAAAAGGAGAAAACAGCUCUAUGAAGAUAUUUUUAUCUGUUUUAAACAAACUUGCCUUCAAAGAAUAAAAGAUGGUCUCCAAUAACUGGAAAGGCACAAGUUAAAAUUAUUUGGUGACUGUAGCAAAUGCUACUUGAACAAGCAUGGUGGGGGAAAGUUAUACUGCUGUAUGGUUUUGAGACUCUAACUGACCUUUUAAAGUCUGGCAGACAUGCUCAACAAAAUACAUACUUAAAUUUGUGAAUCUUACAUCACAUAAAAUGCUUGGUAUGUGAGCGAAUUGUUCUUUCCAUAUAUGUGUCAGAAGAGGCAAGAUAAAACUUUUAAUGUCUGUCAUCUGGGAUAUCUAAUGGAUGUAAGUUUUUAACGCUGUUAAUUUGUAGUAGCCUUACUGAGUAACUAAGAGUUCCCAUUUAAAAAAAUAAGUAAAGGAGGGGGAAAAGAUCCUAUUGAUAAAUCCUCAAAUUAAGCCACUUUCCAGGAGAAUCAAGGACAUAUGGUUCAGCAUGUGCUGGCACGUCCUUGCAAAACUGUCAGCAUAUUACUAACCAAAGUCAGGAGUAUGAUUAGAAAUCCUCUGCCCUAGUAAGGCCAUACUCUACCUUGUUAAGGGUACAUCUUGAAUACUGUGUCUGGUUCUGGGAUCACCAGUUCAAGAGUGGUAGAGAACUCCUGUAGAGAGGUUAGUGGAGCGGCACCAAUAUGAUCAGGUGACUGGAACACCUCUCUUAUGAGGAAAGGCUGAAUGACCUAGGGCUGUUUAGCCUGGAGAAGAGAAGAUUGGGAUGGGGGCAUGGGUGGGGUGAGUGGAGGGUGUUAUCAACAGUUUUAAAUACCUAAAACGUAGAUGUUGAGAGGAUAGGGCAAGUCAUUUUUCUGCAGUGCCCAGUGACAGGACAAGGGGUAAUGGACAUAAGCUGGAACACAAAAUGUUCCACUUAAGGAAAAAAUAACUCUACUGUGCAGGUGAGGGAGCCUUGGCACAGACUGCCCAGAGAGGUUAUGGAGUCUCCUUUGAAAGUUUCUAAAUAUGCCUGAACCUGUUCCUGUGGGACCUGAUUGAGGUGGACCUGCUUUAGCAGGGGUUUGGACUGGAUGAUGUCUAGAGGUCCCUUCCAACCCUUACCAUUCUGUGAUUCAAACAAGGCAAGUAUCUUGUCAUGUAAGCAGAUAAGCAUCUGUUUGAAUAUGUAGCUUAGUCUUGAUUUCUGAGGCUGACCUUUGAAACAUACUAAGGGAGCAAGGGAAGUCAAUAUUAGCUUGUAUAACUUUGUAAACAAGCUAUGGAAAUAGACUCAAAUGACAGACCUGUACUUACUGCAUUUUUUUUAUCUUGAAUUUAAAACACAGGCAAACCUUUCAGUUCACUGUAAAUCAGUAAGUAUAAGUUGUCUCCAGAAGGCCAGUUUGAAGAAUCAUGGGUUUGGGUUUUUUUCAGGUUGAUUUUCCUGUAAAAUACUUAGUGAAGGACUUCUUUUGAAGUGAUACAUAUUGUAACAUCUCCAUCAUCUUUGAAUACAUACGUACAGGUGUUAGUGUUGUGAUUCAAGGGAUUUAUUUCCAGUAUAAUUAUGUUCACUUUAACUCUUCAUAGGAAUUUCUAUACCAAAAUCUGUUGCAUUUGGAAGCUCUGUUAAUUGUCUCUUGAAACAGUGGUCUAGGUGUUGCACUAUAAUGGCACAAUUAAAAAAAAAACCUUCAAUAUAUUCUGUGUAGGAUAACUCUAAAGACUCAAAAUGAUAACAAAGUAAAUAAGGAACACCUAAAUCUGUAAAAAUGUUGGCUGUUUGGCCAUUCUGACCUGGAGAACAAUUACUUUACAUUCUUAAUAUAAUACUUUGAGUUUGUUUGGUUAUUCAUUUAUUCUUAAAGAGCUAACCAUCAAAUAUCCAUUUGGAGAGAUUUGAAGGGAAGCACUCUUACUAAAAGAUGUAUUAGCUGGAACUUACCCAUGAGUUCCUGGUGUGUGGAAAAGUCUCUAGAAGUUCAUUCAUAACUUAUUUACUCAUCUUAGUAUUUCAGGGAUAGUUGCUUAAUUCUUGGUCCUUAGUGAAGACCAAGCUUAUCUUUUUCCUGUGUGGUGUAGCUUUGAAGUUCUUAAUGUACUUCUGAUAUGUGCAUGACCUUUAUUAACCAUGUGGUGUUUAUAUUUUGCAGCCAUAUGUUGACAGACUUAAGUACAUGCCUUGAUUGACUUUGCAACAAAUUAUCCUUGCAGUUCAGCAAGUGAAUAGUCUUCUUUUUCUUAGUAGUACAUUGCAAACAUGACUGAGGUUUAUACUGGGGGCGGGGGGGAAUCAAGGUAACCGUUUAUGCCUUGAAUCUUUAAGUGCUUGGAUUGAAUUGUUAAGGUGUUUAACCAUCUACCCUCUUGAUGGAAAAGAUGGUGCUUAGAGAAUUGUGUUAUUUCUUACUCAACAUUUAACGCCACUUUUUUUUUUGAUGUUUUUCUUUGUAGUGGUGAUGGGAGGAUUUAGUUGUGGCUUUGCUUUUCUUCCCUACCCCCCAAAUCUGUGGUAGGACAUGUCAUCUGUUCCAAGACAUCUUCUGAAAUGGGUAACUUGAGAGUUGGACACCUUAUGGGAAGCUUAACAUCAGUUUAACUGAAUUUUGAGAGUUAAGAGAUAGGUCUAGCAGUAAUAUGUCUAAGUUUUCCUUGUGUAACAAAAUACCCUAGCAAUGCUUCUGGGCUCACUGUUAGCUCCAAGAGGGAAGGAGGGAUAACUAAUAAGUGUAGCCAAUGUACUUUGACGAUGGACUAGUGCAACCAGCAAAACACUUGUUAUUUUUGACAAUGAUUAUGCUGGAAAAAUCUAGAUUGGUGGUGUGGGUUUUUUGCUUUGGAAGGGAAAGAAAGAAAACAUAAGCCAAAACCCAAACAAAACAUGUUGUAUAAUUUGGGUGUGGCAAGAACAUCCAGUGUUUUCUACUUGAGAAGUCACCUUCCUGUUUUAGCUGGGGACGGGUUUGGGGUAGUUUGUUCUGCUACAGUAGAUAUAUUUAUGAUAUGAACCUGCUUUUCUGCCUGUAGGCAGGCCUGCUGGGCAAGACCAGUUGUAUGCAAGGAGUAUGUAUGAUUUAAAGUUCAUGUUGGGUCCUACAACAUAGUGCAAGAUUGUUCAGUGGCAGUAACAUACUGUUCUCAUAGUGUCUUCCAUCAACCAUCAUAAGAUUCUUGCAGCCUGGAUGCCUUUGUCUUUUGGAUACCGAAACUACUUUUUGUUUUGUGUGGACAGGGAGGUUAAGUGCCAGACAUGCAAGUUUUGGGUCUGAUUGUCAGUUAUUUAGUUCUUUGUGUAUUCUUAAAGAAAAAUUUAACCACUGUUAACUUCUACUGUACAGAGUGUGCAUAUAAUAGCUUGAGAUAUGUAUAGAAAUACUAAUGAGUGAUAACUAUUUUUGUAACUUAAGAGUUGUAAACUGUUGUUCUUGUAACUGUAGGAAACAAUCUUACUUACUGAAGCAUGAAACACUUUAGAAGGCCAGGUAUUUGGGAAUGACUUGUAGGACACAGAAGCUAUCUCAAUGUAAGUUAAGUAGGGCAAGGCAUCUUGUUAGAGAUUCAGAAUCUGGAGUUAACUUCAUUAUGAAUACAUUUCUAGACAAUAUUGUUUAAGUGGUAUUAAAUUUUCUAUUAAAAAAAACCAAACAA